AUGACUACAUUUCUCAUCCAACCACGGUCGGCGCAUACGGCAACCAUUAUAUUUCUCCAUGGACUAGGUGACACAGGAGCAGGCUGGAAAGCAAUCGCCCAAACGAUUGCCCCUCAGCAUCCUCACGUCAAAUGGUGGAUACUUCCCACUGCCCCAGAACAGCCUGUUACGUUAUUCGGGGGAAUGCCGACCAACUCCUGGUUUGAUAUACUCUCAUUGAGCGAGAGUUUCGACGAUGAAGGCAGUGUUAAGACGGCUGCCCGGUCUGUGGAUAAGUUAAUAGACCAGGAAAUUAAUGCUGGGACUCCUUCAAGCCGCAUCGUCCUGGGCGGCUUUUCCCAAGGUGGUGCCCUUGCAACCUACACAGCCUUACACUCCACAAAGCAGCUGGGUGGGCUAAUCGGGUUGUCGACUUGGCUUCCGUUGGCUGGGCAGACUGAAAAAACCAUGUCUCCCACGACCAAGAUGGUGCCGAUUUUCAUGGCUCACGGGACCGAAGAUAAAGUGGUGCGCUAUGACUGGGGUCUCAAGUCGAGCAAUUUCAUGACGGAGAAACUUGGUCUUCGGUCGCGCAAAGCCCCAGAUUUUGGACCUGGUGUCAUCUUUAACACAUACCAAGGAAUGGUUCAUUCCGCAGAUCCACGAGAACUGCACGACUUGACUCAAUGGCUCAAGAGCAUAAUUCCAGAGUCUUCAUAAUUGGGUAGAUGUGAUAAUAGGAAAUGUUGUAAAGAGGCUUGCCAUAUGCAAUCAAGGAAUGUCUAAACGCUG